AUGACACUCCGAAAAGGAGAGAAAAUGACCAUAAGUAUCCAGGAGCACAUGGCUAUUGACGUCUGCCCUGGCCCCAUCAAACCCAUCAAACAGAUCUCCGACUACUUCCCCCGCUUCCCUCGCGGGCUCCCCGCCGCCGUGGGCCGCAGCGGGGCCCUGCGCCCGGCUGUCAGCCAGCCCUCCGUCAGCCCCGCCGAGGCGCCCCGCGAGGAGGACGAGGACGUGGACCAGCUUUUCGGGGCGUAUGGCACGACGCCCGCCCAGCAGCCGGCCAAGUGCCCCCCACCCGAGGAGACGGUGGACCCCGAGGGCUACGAAUCCGACGACUGCACCGCGCUGGGGACGCUGGAUUUCAGCUUGCUCUACGACCAGGAGAACAACGCUCUGCACUGCACCAUCAACAAAGCCAAGGGCCUGAAGCCGAUGGACCAUAAUGGUUUGGCCGACCCCUACGUCAAAUUGCACUUGCUUCCCGGAGCCAGCAAGGCGAAUAAACUACGAACCAAGACGCUGCGCAACACGCUGAACCCCACCUGGAACGAGACGCUCACCUACUACGGCAUCACCGACGAGGACAUGAUCCGCAAGACCCUGCGGAUCUCAGUGUGCGACGAGGACAAGUUCCGCCACAACGAGUUCAUCGGGGAGACGCGGAUCCCGCUGAAGAAACUGAAGCCCAACCAGACCAAAAACUUCAGCAUCUGCCUGGAGAAGCAGCUGCCGAUAGAUAAAACAGAGGACAAGUCGCUGGAGGAGCGUGGCCGGAUCCUCAUCUCCCUCAAGUACAGCUCGCAGAAGCAGGGCCUGCUGGUGGGCAUCAUCCGCUGCGCCCACCUGGCCGCCAUGGACGCCAACGGCUACUCCGACCCCUACGUCAAAACCUACUUGAAACCGGACGAGGACAAGAAGUCGAAGCAUAAGACGGCAGUGAAGAAGAAAACACUGAACCCUGAAUUCAAUGAGGAGUUCUGCUAUGAGAUAAAGCACGGCGACCUGGCCAAAAAAACCUUGGAAGUCACCGUGUGGGACUACGACAUCGGGAAAUCGAAUGACUUCAUAGGUGGAGUCGUGCUGGGAAUUAAUGCCAAAGGCGAGAGGCUGAAGCACUGGUUCGACUGCCUGAAAAACAAGGACAAGAAAAUCGAGCGCUGGCACACACUAACAAACGAGCUGCCAGGGGCCGUCCUCAGCGACUGAGUGCCCCGUGGACUGCUCGCCUCCACAGCAUCGGGCGGAGGGGAGCAAGGCACUGCUGCGAGGGAGAGGGGACAUCCCGCGCCGUGCCGCGGGGACACGCUUCCAAGGGAGCAAGGCAGAGGCCCCUCGCUGUGCUCAGCGGGUCCCGGCCCCUAAGGCUUUUCCAGAAUGCCUCUCAGCACCCUUACACGCACACACACAUGCUCAUGAGCAUGCAAAUGCACAAAUGCGCGCGCGCACACACACACACACACACACUCAACACACACCUGCAUGCACUAGAGUUCUGACUCCUCUCCUAACUCGUCGCUGUACUGACUUACCUUCCUGCUGCCUUGCAAUUCAGUGGCAAAAAUGAAUGCAUCAGUCUUCGUUCGUGUAUCUAAUAUGAGCAAAAGGCAUCACUAAAACAUGGAACUAUUUUAUCCAGGCGAUUGUGCCAUAUUUCUGGUGGUUUGUCAGUCUCUGUGGUUUGGGCCUAAACAGUCUUUUAUGCAUUUAAAGCUCCUCCGUCGGAAUGAUUGUGUUCUCUGAUAACCUAGGAAGACUGUUUGCUUCUCUUCCAGAAAUGUGCUUGUCCCCUCCGAUCACCCGUGUGAGUCAGCUGGCAGGCUGAGGGGCUGAGCACCUCUGCAGCCCCCCACAAACCCCCAGGGGCAGCUCCAGCCCCGGCCACCUCCCCGGGAGCUGGCAUGGGGAGUGAAAGCAGGGAAUAAAACAACAAUGCCGAGUAGGGCAGCCCCAGGCUGUGCCAGCUGCUCCUCUCCCCACGUGCCGCUUCCCGGGAGUUUCAGCCCCGCUGCUUUUCCAGGAAAGCUGGCUUUUAGGCUGGAUUUUUCUCACUUUCCCCUUUAUCUCCUUUCCCAGUGCAUGCCAUUGCAUAGGAGCCAGGCAGUUACCACCACAAGCUGUCUGUGUGCUACAAGCCGAGCCUGUUCCUGGGGGUGCUCAGCUCAGGCACAGCCGCCAGCUCACACAAUUUGCUGCAGCAUGCAUGGUCUGGCCCAAAUUUCUGCAUACGGCACAGGAAUACCAGGCCUGAACUGUGUACGGCACCAGGUCUGAGCUGUCCUCCACAUCCCGCCCUGCCGGCUCUCGUGCAAAACCCAACGAGGCACCGACGGGUGAAAACUUUCUGCGAAAUGCUGCACCUUGCCAGAAAUUUCUGAAGCCUUUAAACUGCG